AAGCUUCCAGAGCCUCCCCAGCUGCAGCACCGAAGCUCCCACAACCACUCGGGGGGCAAACGGAGCGACCAGCAGUGACAUUUCUGGGCGAUGGUGCCCUUGGGCAGCCCCACUCUUGCCGUCUGCGCCUCCAGCAACCUGCGCCUUGUGGCCCCCGGCCGUGGCUCCCCCCUGGCCUGGCUGAACCGGGGUCCCGAGUGCCCGGGGGAACCGGGGGACAGCGGGGGCCGGAACCACGCAGGAGUGGCGCGCUGGAAGGCCGACAAGGCCAAAUACAUCAAGACUCCACAGGUCAAUGCAGCCGCGGCAGGACAGGCGCUGGGGGGCUACGCCCCGGGCUUGUCCCCAGCAUCGCAACACAAAAAAUCCAGGCCGCCUCACUCAGAAGCAACUCAGCAGCUAGCAAUGAGCUCGUGCCAGGGCUCCGAGCUGGGCCGGGAGGGGCCCAGGAAGCCGUGCCCCGUCCCGCCGAUAGUCCGCGGCGCCAGCGGCAGCAGGCGCCUGCUGAAUCCCGAACUCCAUAUAUCCACGGAGAAACGGGAUUGCCUGGGCGGGGACAAGGAGAAUGCCAAGGGCUCCGGGCUGGUGCGACGCCUCUUCCAGGGACCCCUCAGGGACAAGCCCCCCAGCUCCCCGCCAGCCAGGGGGCUGGGCGAGGGACCACCACCCCCGCAGAGCCCCGAGACCCCCAUGCUGUGGGCGCCUGUGGAGAAGGAGGAGGCGAGGACACCGGGUGCCAACAGCAGCAGCGGCAGCGGUGGCACCUUCCCCGUGCCCGGCAGCCCCCUGGCAGAGCCCCCCGGGAAGCAGGCGCUGGCCCUGCGUGUGUCG